AUGUUUAAUUUUAUACCUAUUUAAAUGUUACUUUUAUUCAUAUAUUGUUUUAGCAAAUUUAAUUCAUCUUUUAGAUUACACUUAUAUUAUAUCAAUUAUAAAGCCGCUGUUUUAUUUUUACUUCCAAUUUGUUCCCAAUAUUUUAAAUUUGCGCGUUGCUUAUUUCAUUCACCUCUCUUCCAAUACUCAUUUGUAUGGAGGGAUUAACACACCAUAAGCAGUAGAAACAAAUUAGUCCUAAACGCAACCUCGAAAAUGUAGGUCACAAAACUAAAAAGGUCCGCACAUUACAACCUCAUUUAGGAUCGGAGAUGUUUAUCAUGUUCACCAACAAAGAAACACAGGCUGAUUAAAACACUGGCAUUACAACGUUAAGGCUGGAAUACAUUUAGUUAUUUAGUACAACUAGAGAGGCAAGUUAUCCGGAUAAUACUCGGAGUAUGAGAUGAAUGUAUCAUCAAACAUUAGGAAUUCACAAAUUUACCACGGCUGAAAAUGUCGAUCAGCCAUUACAUUUUUAUGAAAAAGAAGCCGCGCCUCCCUUGUACCGAAAUGACAUUUCUUCAACCAUUAGCUUCAAUGGAAAACGCUCCAAUUUAUGGAGAUGACAUAUCAAUGUCACGUGACUUGUCGACGAGCAUGUCAUUUGCAUACAUUUGAGCGUUAUUAAAUGACGUUAAAGCUUUCAGAAACGCCAUUUGCCUAGGAAGUAGGCUUCAGGCGCAAUGAAGCUUGUUUUGCACAAUAAUUAUUCAAAAGAUUGAGACGCUAAUAAAGCGAUAUCGUAACACGGUCUUGGUUGGAAUCGAAAACCAAAACAAAAUCGAAAACAGAACCGUAUUUAUUUCGGGAGUAAGCCUGCUGACUAGUAAGAGCGAAAUUUGCUUCAUUGAAUGAGUUAAGUAUACUCUCUAUAUCCGUUUACACGUUUCUACUAAGCACCAAGAUAAUGUAAGCCGGCCAUUAUGACCAAUCGGGCUGGACCCUGCGGCACAAGGCACAAUAGGCGAUGUGAUCGUGGGAGGAUGAGCAGUUUCGCAACGAUGACGUCACGCGAUACACUUACCGUAAUAGUGGAACGUUUAGGGAAUGCGACCGUCUUUUAUUUCUUAGACUCCGAAGUUAUUAAGCGCUUAACUGUUUGACUCAAAUGCGUAAUAACACAUGAGCGAGAGAGGUAAAGAGAAAAGUCGAAACGAAAUCUACCCUAUGGUCAUCUCGGGGCUUAUAGAAACCGUAUUUGUUUUAUUUAGUUGUACUUUUUUAUAUAUACUUGGUUUCUGUUUGAACUGACGCCAUACCAUGAGUUUAAGUCGAAAAAAAGAAUUAUCCAUGAAAACCAAUGCUAUCCUGGGCCGUGUUCAUAGCUGGGGUGUCAAUAAUAAGUUGAGGUUCGCACCGCACAAAACGAGCGCCAUGUUAGUGACCAACAAACUAAAAUAUGACACUCCGGUUCUGAGCAUGGCUGGGAGCAGCAUAGAAAUGGUUAGAAAAAUAAAGCUCCUGGGGCUGACCAUCGAUGACAAGAUGACUUUUAAUGAGCAUACUAAAAACGUCUGCAUUAAAGCCGCUGAAAUUUAUAAACGGCUCUCAAGAGCGGCAAAGGUAGAUUGGGGUCUAAACGAGGAAAUAAUUAGAACAAUUUACACGGCAGCAGUAGAACCGGUAAUCACAUACGCAGCCGCGGCCUGGGCUCCCGCUACCGCUAAGCUCGGAAUACGGAAGAAGCUGAACUCAAUCCAAAGAGGUUUCGCGCAGAAGCUAUGCAAGUCGUACCGUACGGUGUCGCUCAACUCUGCCCUGGUGCUGUCCGGGAUACUACCUUUGGACCUGCGCAUACAGGAAGCAGCCGCACUGUAUGAAGCCAGGAAAGGGUCGUCCCGGCACAUCCCCGGAGAUAGGGAGAUCGAGGCUGCGGCGCGAUUUGCAGAAACUCCUCAUCCGGCCCUGCAGAUGACCUUGGAAUUCGAAUGCUUGGAAGACCAAGAGCAGGUAGACAGCAGGAAUGUGCAGACGGUGCGAAUCUUCACCGACGGCAGCAAGAUUGAGGGGAAGGUUGGCGCCGCGUUAUCCAUUUGGGAUAAUGACGGCGAAACCCGCAACCUCAAGCUUAGCCUCGCCGCAUACUGCACAGUCUACCAAGCGGAAUUACUGGCCAUAUGCAGGGCCACGGAUCUGAUCCUCAAGCGCCCUGAGGGUAGCUUUGGUCUGUAUAGUGAUUCAAUGUCGGCAUUGAUGACGCUUGCAAACCCUGGCUCUCUCCACCCCCUGGCAGUAUCGGCGCGAAAAAACCUGGCUCAGGCUUCGCACCAGGGCAAAGCUAUUGCUCUGUUCUGGGUGAAAGCCCACGCUGGACUGCCGGGGAAUGAGCGCGCGGAUGAGCUGGCGAAGGAGGCAGCACUUUCGUCGCGGAGGAAGCCGGACUACGAUCGGUGUCCGAUUUCAUUCAUCAGAAGCCAAAUCCGCAUGGGAUCGCUCGAUGAAUGGAAUCGGAGAUAUGUAUCGGGCGAGACGGCCUCGGUGACGAAGAUGUUCCUACCAGAUGCCAUAGCUGCCUUCCGUAUUGUGAAACAGGUCCGGCCCGUAGGAAUAGUGACACAGGUACUAACCGGGCAUGGUGGGUUCUCAUCAUACUUGAAUCGUUUCAAGUGUAAGGGGAACCCAUCGUGCAUAUGCGAUCCAGACAAAGACGAGGACAUACCGCACCUGCUGCUGGAUUGCCCAGUAUAUGCGGCGGUGCGUCAGGACCUCGAAUUUGAGCUGGACGUAAGAUUAACAAACACAACUAUUGCCGAAUUAAUUGGCAGCAAAAAAUAUCGUGAGAGAUUCCUACGGUACUGUGUGGAAGUGGCAAAACACGCAAUAAAUAGAAAUAGAACAGCAACAAUGGUUGCAUAAAUAUUGGUACAUAUUUAUUAGCAACCAUAAGAAAGGAAAGUAAAUAAAUCAUAGUUAAUAGUACUGUAAGUAGUUAUAAUAAGUAAAUAAAAAUUAGUAAAUAAGAAAUAUGUAAUAUUAAAGGGUCCUCAAAUAUCCCCAGUAUACAAUAAGUUAUAGAUUAAGAAAGAAAUAAAUAAAAACCCCGGUGUACUAAUUAUUACCUGAGUACUAGUAAUAUAGGAAUAAAAAUAAAUAGGCCUAGCAUAUGGGAAUCCCACCCAUCAGAAUGAAUGAGGAAGGAUGCAAGAAAGAUACAGUAUGAAGAAUAAAAGUGCGAGAGGAAUAAUUGCGAGAACUUGUAUGCAAGUGGAUUGUAAAAAAUGUCUCCAAUCAUGUUGGAGGACAAGC